AUGGAACAAGAUGUUAUAAAUUUGAAAAACCAUACUACUCAAUAUAAAGUACUGAAAGAUGAAGAGAUAAAACAAAAAGCCAUGAAGACAUAUAUGGAUAGCGAUGAGUAUAAAAAAGAAGUUGAAGCAAAUGUAAAGGCAGAAAAACUUUUACAGUUGCAAAACCAAACCGUACAGUAUGAAAACUUAGCACAAGAAAGUAAAAAUAACGACGCAGCCAUGCAAAAGGCAAUGAAAAGCGCAGAUAUUAUAAAAGCUAAUAAUGACUGGUUAGAUGCCCAAGCCAACGCUAAAGCAGCCCAACUUAUAGGGUCAAUAAGGACAAAAAUACAAGCGGAUGAAGACAGUUCAAAUGAAGCUUUAAUGAAUGCUGACUUUAAGAAUGCCUUCGAAGCUCUUCAUAGUAAGGUGAAACUAGUGAACGACUUCUCAUCUGGAAAGAAACUGAAGUCUGAAGGUUUCGACAUAGAGUUAAGAGAAGUAGCACAAAAUAUGACGAAAAUAACAGAUGCAGCAACGAGACAGGCAGUUCAAAGUGCCUAUGACGCCGUUAGAGCAACUGUUGUGGAAAGUCAAGAAAAAGAGUUACAACAGACCAAAACAGACCUAGUAAAUGCUUUCUUAAGAACGAAAAGUCAGGUAGGACAUUAUGCUGCAGAUGGAACAUAUGUGCCAGCUGGUGGAACUUAUAUACCACCAAACCCUCCAAGAGAAGCACCUGCACCAGGACUACCUAAAACAUUUACAUCGUCACAUGGACACAGACACAGGCAUGCACCACAACAACAACCAACAGUUCAAAAUCCAGCACCACAACAACAACCAAAACCAACAGUUCAAAAUCCAGCACAGCAACCAACAGUUCAAAACCCUGCACAGCAACAACAACCACAAACAGAGCAAAACCCUGCACAACAACCAACAGUUCAAAACCCUGCACAGCAACCACAAACAGAGCAAAGACACAAAAGAAGUAGAGAAAAAGGAAACCAAGAAUUCUUAAAAAUGCUUAAGGAAGAUUAUGGUUACCCAGAUACUCUUGACUUUAGUGACAAAUAUAAAUAA